AUGGUGGAUAAAAAUAUUUACAUCAUUCAAGGGGAGAUUAACAUUGUGGUUGGGGCGAUCAAACGAAAUGCCCGAUGGAGCACUCAUACUCCACUGGAUGAAGAACGGGAUCCUCUGCUGCAUAGUUUCAGUCAUCUAAAGGAGGUUUUGAACAAUAUAACAGAACUCUCAGAAAUUGAGCCCAAUGUGUUCCUCCGUCCAUUUCUGGAAGUGAUUCGCUCUGAAGAUACCACUGGCCCUAUCACUGGACUGGCGCUAACCUCUGUCAACAAGUUCCUGUCCUAUGCACUCAUAGAUCCCACUCAUGAGGGCACAGCAGAGGGCAUGGAGAACAUGGCAGAUGCUGUCACCCAUGCCCGUUUUGUGGGCACAGAUCCUGCCAGCGAUGAGGUUGUCCUGAUGAAAAUCCUUCAGGUGCUGCGGACUCUGUUGCUGACCCCAGUGGGUUCCCACCUAACCAAUGAAUCUGUGUGUGAGAUUAUGCAGUCUUGCUUCCGGAUCUGCUUUGAAAUGAGGCUCAGUGAGUUAUUGAGAAAAUCCGCAGAGCACACUCUCGUAGACAUGGUGCAGCUGCUCUUCACAAGGUUACCUCAGUUUAAAGAAGAACCCAAGAACUAUAUGGGGACCAACAUGAAGAAGCUGAAAAUGAGAGCAGGAGGCAUGAGUGAUUCAUCCAAGUGGAAGAAACAGAAGAGAUCCCCCCGGCCUCUGCGCCAUAUGACCAAAGUCACACCAGGUUCAGAGCUGCCCACCCCCAACGGAACUACCUUAUCCUCUAACCUCACUGGGGGAAUGCCCUUCAUUGAUGUGCCCACUCCCAUCUCUUCUGCAAGUUCAGAAGCUGCCUCAGCAGUGGUCAGCCCCUCUACAGACAGUGGCCUGGAGUUCUCCUCCCAGACCACCUCCAAGGAAGACCUCACUGACCUGGAACAACCUGGCUCUCCAGGGUAUAACACAGCUACAGAGCCUGGCAGCAGCGAGCUGGGGAUUCCUGAGCAGCCUGAUCCCCAGGAAGGGAUUCAUGUGGAAAAGGCCCAGUCAGCAUCCGUGGAAUCCAUCCCCGAAGUGUUAGAGGAGUGCACGUCCCCUGCUGACCACUCUGAUUCUGCCUCUGUUCAUGACAUGGAUUACGUCAAUCCCCGGGGUGUACGCUUUACACAGUCCUCCCAGAAGGAAGGUACAGCAUUGGUCCCCUAUGGUCUUCCCUGCAUCCGUGAACUCUUCCGCUUCCUCAUCUCCCUCACCAAUCCACACGACCGCCAUAAUUCAGAGGUUAUGAUCCACAUGGGAUUGCAUUUGCUGACAGUGGCUCUUGAGUCAGCCCCUGUAGCCCAGUGCCAAACCCUGUUGGGCCUCAUCAAGGAUGAGAUGUGCCGCCACUUACUCCAGCUACUCAGUGUAGAGCGACUAAACCUUUAUGCUGCUUCCCUGCGGGUAUGCUUCCUACUGUUUGAGAGCAUGAGGGAGCACCUCAAGUUCCAAUUGGAGAUGUACAUCAAAAAGCUUAUGGAAAUCAUCACUGUGGAGAACCCCAAGAUGCCUUACGAGAUGAAGGAGAUGGCAUUGGAGGCCAUUGUGCAGCUCUGGCACAUCCCCAGCUUUGUCACUGAGCUCUAUAUCAACUAUGAUUGUGACUAUUACUGUUCCAACCUCUUUGAAGACCUCACCAAGCUGCUGUCCAAGGCAGCUGAGAGAGCAGCCAACGACGGGAAACCUGUAGGCAUAGCCCCAGAUGUCCCAGGCCUACAUUUACCAGGUGGAGGGCGGCUGCCAGCAGAACACGGGAAGCCAGGAUGCAGUGAUCUGGAGGAAGCUGGUGACUCUGGGGCUGACAAAAAGUUUACCCGGAAGCCACCUCGAUUUUCCUGUCUCCUGCCAGAUCCACGGGAGCUGAUUGAAAUUAAAAACAAAAAGAAGCUGCUAAUCACGGGCACAGAACAGUUCAACCAGAAACCAAAGAAGGGGAUCCAGUUUCUGCAAGAAAAAGGCCUCCUCACCAUCCCAAUGGACAACACAGAAGUAGCCCAGUGGCUCCGAGAGAACCCUCGGCUGGACAAGAAAAUGAUUGGAGAGUUUGUGAGUGACCGCAAAAACAUUGACCUGUUGGAGAGCUUUGUAAGCACCUUCAGCUUUCAGGGUCUGCGGCUGGAUGAAGCUCUUCGUCUCUACUUGGAAGCCUUCCGCUUACCUGGGGAAGCACCAGUCAUCCAGAGGUUGCUGGAGGCAUUCACAGAGCAUUGGAGGAAUUGUAAUGGCUCCCCAUUUGCCAAUAGCGAUGCCUGCUUUGCCCUGGCCUAUGCUGUCAUCAUGCUUAAUACUGACCAGCACAACCACAAUGUUCGCAAACAGAAUGCACCCAUGACUCUAGAGGAGUUUCGCAAAAACCUAAAAGGUGUGAACGGAGGCAAGGACUUUGAGCAAGACAUCCUGGAGGACAUGUAUCAUGCCAUCAAGAAUGAGGAAAUUGUGAUGCCUGAAGAGCAGACAGGCUUGGUUCGGGAGAACUAUGUGUGGAAUGUGCUGCUUCAUCGAGGUGCCACCCCAGAAGGCAUAUUCUUGCGUGUGCCUGCUGGCAGCUAUGAUCUUGACCUCUUCACCAUGACCUGGGGCCCCACUAUUGCUGCUCUCUCUUACGUCUUUGACAAAAGCCUUGAGGAGACAAUCAUCCAGAAAGCCAUCUCGGGCUUCAGGAAGUGCGCCAUGAUCUCCGCCCACUAUGGCCUCAGCGAUGUAUUUGACAAUCUCAUCAUAUCUCUGUGCAAAUUCACAGCUCUCAGCAGUGAGUCUAUUGAGAACCUGCCUAGUGUGUUUGGAAGCAACCCCAAAGCCCAUAUUGCAGCUAAGACGGUAUUCCAUUUAGCCCAUCGUCAUGGUGACAUCCUGCGGGAGGGCUGGAAGAAUAUCAUGGAGGCCAUGCUGCAGCUCUUCCGGGCCCAACUGCUACCCAAAGCUAUGGUGGAGGUAGAAGAUUUCGUGGAUCCCAAUGGCAAGAUCUCUCUACAGAGGGAGGAGACACCAUCAAAUCGAGGAGAGUCAACAGUGCUAAGCUUUGUGAGCUGGCUGACACUAAGUGGUACUGAACAGUCUAGUGUGCGAGGCCCAUCCACUGAGAACCAAGAGGCCAAAAGAGCAGCCUUAGACUGUAUCAAGCAAUGUGACCCAGAAAAAAUGAUCACAGAAAGCAAGUUUCUUCAGCUGGAGUCACUGCAGGAGCUCAUGAAGGCUCUAGUCUCAGUAACACCAGAUGAAGAGACAUAUGAUGAGGAGGAUGCUGCUUUCUGCCUGGAGAUGCUGCUGAGGAUUGUGCUGGAGAACAGGGACCGUGUGGGUUGUGUGUGGCAGACUGUUCGAGACCAUCUGUAUCACCUAUGUGUCCAGGCACAGGAUUUCUGCUUCCUUGUGGAGCGGGCAGUGGUGGGGCUGCUACGCUUGGCCAUUCGACUGCUCCGCAGAGAAGAGAUCAGUGGCCAGGUGCUGCUCUCCCUGCGCAUUUUGCUACUAAUGAAGCCCAGCGUGCUGUCCCGAGUCAGUCACCAGGUAGCCUAUGGGCUCCAUGAACUCCUUAAGACCAACGCAGCCAACAUCCACUCAGGUGAUGACUGGGCUACCCUCUUCACGCUACUGGAAUGCAUUGGCUCAGGCGUAAAACCUCCAGCUGCACUGCAGGCCACAGCCAGGGCUGAUGCACCUGAUGCUGGGGCCCAAUCAGACAGCGAACUCCCAUCCUACCAUCAGAAUGAUGUGAGCCUGGACCGAGGAUACACUUCUGACUCAGAGGUCUAUGCUGACCAUUGUAGGCCUGGCAAGAUCCACCGAUCAGCCACAGAUGCUGAUGUGGUCAACAGCGGUUGGUUAGUGGUGGGGAAGGAUGACAUCGAUAACUCCAAGCCAGGUCCUGGGCCCAGCCGGCUAGGCCCUUCACCCCUGGUCAAUCAGUACAGCCUAACAGUGGGGCUGGACCUCGGGCCACAUGACACUAAGUCCCUGCUUAAGUGUGUGGAAUCUCUGUCGUUCAUUGUGCGUGAUGCUGCCCACAUUACACCUGACAACUUUGAGCUCUGCGUCAAGACUCUCCGCAUCUUUGUGGAGGCCAGUCUGAAUGGCGGGUGCAAGUCCCAGGAGAAACGUGGCAAGAGUCACAAAUAUGACAGCAAAGGAAACCGCUUCAAGAAGAAAUCCAAGGAAGGCUCAGUGCUUCGGCGGCCUCGAACCUCCAGCCAACAUGCCGCUCGAGGUGGGCAUAGUGACGAUGAUGAGGAUGAAGGCGUGCCUGCCAGCUACCAUACGGUGUCUUUACAGGUCAGUCAGGACUUGUUAGACCUGAUGCACACCCUACACACGAGAGCGGCCUCUAUCUACAGCUCGUGGGCGGAGGAGCAGCGCCACCUGGAGACAGGUGGUCGGAAGAUCGAAGCAGAUUCACGCACCCUCUGGGCCCACUGUUGGUGCCCUUUACUGCAGGGCAUCGCCUGCCUGUGCUGUGAUGCCCGGCGCCAGGUGCGGAUGCAGGCACUGACCUAUCUGCAGCGAGCACUACUGGUACAUGAUCUGCAAAAGCUAGAUGCCCUGGAGUGGGAGUCCUGUUUUAACAAGGUGCUGUUUCCUCUACUGACCAAACUCUUGGAGAACAUCAGCCCUGCAGAUGUGGGUGGGAUGGAGGAGACUCGAAUGAGGGCUUCCACACUGCUCUCUAAGGUCUUCUUGCAGCACCUGUCUCCGCUGCUGUCACUCUCUACCUUUGCGGCCCUCUGGCUGACCAUCCUGGACUUCAUGGACAAGUAUAUGCAUGCAGGCUCCAGUGACUUACUGUCAGAGGCCAUCCCUGAGUCUCUGAAGAACAUGCUCCUGGUGAUGGACACAGCAGAGAUUUUCCACAACGCAGAUGCCCGAGGAGGCAGCCCCUCAGCCCUCUGGGAGAUUACCUGGGAGCGCAUUGACUGUUUUCUGCCCCACCUACGAGAUGAGCUCUUCAAGCAGACUGUCAUCCAGGACCCCAUGCCCAUGGAGCCACAUGCCCAAAAACCUAUGGCCUCAGCCCACAUGGCUCCUGCUGCUGGGGACACAAGGACACCUGGCCAUCCACCUCCUCCAGAGAUGCCUUCUGAGCUGGGGGUCUGUGACUUUGAGAAGCCUGAGGGCCCUCGGCCUGCCAACAGCAGCUCCCCUGGAUCACCAGUGGCGUCUAGCCCCAGCAGACUGAGCCCUACUCCAGAUGGGCCUCCUCCCCUGGCUCAGCCCCCACUGAUCCUGCAGCCCUUGGCCUCCCCACUGCAGGUGGGUGUACCACCCAUGACUCUGCCCAUCAUCCUCAACCCUGCUCUCAUUGAGGCCACUUCACCAGUGCCCCUCCUGGCUACACCCCGCCCCACAGACCCCAUGCCCACCUCUGAGGUCAACUAA